AAGGGGAGGAAACGAACAGCAGCUCCACGGAGAAACCUCAGGCACAGAACUCACCAGUGCUGAGAAGGUCGUGUCCUGAUCCACCUCGAUCUCGCAGGCUCUUCGUGAUGAGGGCUCCCGUGUUACUGCUCGUCCCUUUGCUGUGCCUGGCCAGAGCGGCUCCGCAUGAUGGCCAAGAGGAGCUGCCCGAUGCAACAGCCGAGGACCUGGUCCAGAGCGAAGUGAUCCCGGAGCUGCACUUGGAGCAAAAGAUCAUCGCCCCCAUCCUGGUCCGUGGGGCCCCUCGGGACGGGGUGACCGUGCUGCACACCAGAACCGGAGAUGCCGGCGUCACCAUCUGCGGCGACGGCCCCUCCUGCCGGGUCCAGCCCUGGGGUCACAAGCUGAACGACUUCCCGCCGGCCCGCCCCAGCGCCAGCAACAUCGACAACAUCUGCCUGGAGGGGAGGAAGAAGGUGUCGUACGGGCCCACGAGCCUGCCCCGGACGGGGUUCUCCCACCUCAGCCGCCAAGGCGCUGCCAUCAACCUCCUGGAGGCCGGCCUGGAGCGGUGCUGCGGGCAGGCUGAGCGCCUGGGCUGCGCGGAGAGCGCGUGGAAGGAAGCCUUGGAGCAGUUCUGUGACGAGGAGUUCUCGGUGAAGACCAAGCACUACCACUGCUGCAAACAGCAGGGCACCGACCGGGAGCUGUGCUUCGCCAGCGAGGCCCUGAACCCCAGCUACGUCCUUAACGCUGCCAGCGCCGUGCCCCCCUGCCCGUCGACUGACCCCGCCAAGUGCACGCCCGGCCAGCCCGGCCUGCCCGGCGCCAGGCUCUGGCCCAACCUGCCCGAGAUCUCCUUCCCACCCGGCGAGCCCACCGCCAGCAACAUCAAGAACAUCUGCAGGUUGCGCAAGUUCCGGCCCGUCUACCUGCCCAGCGCCAUCCCCGCCACAGGCUUCGGCUGGUUCCAGCGCCAGGCCCGCGCCCUCACCCGCCUGGAGAACGACUUCAAGAAGUGCUGCAAGAAUGAGAACGUCAACUGUGCUCACGCCACGUGGGAGAAGGCCCUGGCUCAGUUCUGCAAGCAGGAGCUGUCGGUGAAGACCAAACCCCACCAGUGCUGCAAGGAGGCGGAAGGCAAGGCCAGGUUCAGCUGUUUGUCCAGCCAGGCCCCAAACCCGGCCUACGACAAGGAGAUCCAGGCUGUCACCCUGGGAGUGGUGACCCCGGCGCUCCUGGACAUGCUGUGCGGGGAAAUCAAGCUCUUCACCAAACAGAAACCAAUCCCAGACUUGAUCCAGAGCAUGACGGAGCCUUGCUGCAGCCUUCAGGGUGAGGAGAGGACUCAGUGUGCAGAGAAAGAGAAAGCCCGAUCCAUCGCCGCCCUGUGCACCACCCAGAAGGACUCCUGGAAGGACAAGGAUCAGUGCUGCUCCCAGGAGGAGGAGGAGGACAGAACCUACUGCUUCAAUGCCAACUACCUGGACAGCAUCUUCCUGGCCAGCACGGGCCUGGGGCAGGUCCCCAGCGAGCCGAGUUCGGCGCCGUAAAAGGACAGAAAGAACCAGAACUGUCUCCCUCGCGCGUUCGUGUAUCACCGAGCCCCCUUCUCCCCCGCGCUCCCCCCAGUGGUUUCCAAUCCAGAGCUAGGUGGCAGCAGGCCGUUGCUGACCUGGCCUUCGCUCUCUAAGAACGUGAGCACUGAAGAGAUGCUUGAGGGAUUCCGCCAGCGCUUGGCUCCCUUCUGGAUUGCGUUUUAACGCCGAUCCCCCGGGCCCUGGCUCCAGCUGCGUUUCUCUGAUCUCGAGGCAGCCAGCCCGAAGCUUCCUCGUCCGGGCUCCAAUCCCCACCCCCUGGGGUGGCAGCAACGGAUGAGCCCAGGUUCUUGUGCCCCAUCCCCCCAGCCCUGUAUCCUGCCCGACCCCCCACCCGCAAACCUCCCCCCCACAUUGCAACCUGUGGCCCUCUCUUCUGCAACACAUACGCAAAAGGCACUUAACGUGGGUUGAUUCCUUCACGGGAGAGCGAGGAGGCUUUGAGAUGGGAGCUGAGUGGGUGGGUUUGGCCGCACCUAACAGCCAGCGCCCCCUACUGGCUGGCUUGGCGCUUUCGGGUGGCGGGAUACAGAGAAGCAGGCUCCAGCCCUGGCUGGAAUCUGCGCUCUGGGGUCCUUCUGGGAGCUGAUUCCAAGCAGGGUGUCCAAGGGGAGCCGCAGUUUAGGUGGAUUCAGCCUGAACCAGCCGGUUGGUCUCCUGGGAGGGCCUGGGCUUGGGGUUUUGUACAGACUGACAUGGGUGAGAAGCAGGGAGUUGGGGAGAGUCGGAGGGGACUAAACUCCCGCGCUGCUUCUCCCGUGAGCCGUCGGGCAGCUGGCCCUGUGGCCUCUACCCUGGGGGCAGCGUAGCUGGGAGAGUCCUUUUGCCCUUGAUCCAAUUUGCCAGCCCUGGGGGGAACCCAUCACCCCCCGCUCUGUGGAGUGGGGGUCCCCGUUCACAUUCUCCGCUAGCGCCCGAGCUGGCUUUGGGGUGCACAGGGCAGCGGGAUCCUGAUCUCCCGGCGGCUCUGUUGUGUCCCCCGCACUUGUAACCUGUGUUUGUACCUUAGCCCGGAGACUAUCAACUCUUCUCUGCCAGAGGCUCUAGGGAGAUUCCUAAUAAACCUUUUUGAUGAAUAACCUG